AUGGAGGAGCAAACAAGAUUGUUGGAAUGGGAGAAGUACGCGUUCUUCAUGGACACAUCCAACCUCGAUGAGAGGCAAAAGGAGUACAUCAACCUUUUUCGUGAUCAAAUCUUGAUGCAAAAAAGAAUGAUGUGCAUGGGAGGCAUGAGAGGCAUGGGAGCUUCCAUGGGUGGCAUGGGUGGCAUGGGAGGCAUGGGAGCUUCCAUGGGUGGCAUGGGAGCACCUAUGGGAGGCAUGGGAGCAUCGAUGGGAGGCAUGGGAGCUUCCGUGGGAGGCAUGGGAGCACCUAUGGGAGGCAUGGGAGUUUUCAUGGGUGGCAUGGGAGCACCUAUGGGAGGCUUGGGAGCUACCAUGGGUGGCAUCAGUACCACGGGAGCACCUACGGGAGGCAUUGGUUGCAUCAGUGGCAUGAGUUUUGCGUCUCUCAUGGAAGGAGAGGGCAAACAGGACGAUGGAGAAUUGGAAGAAGAUACGGACAAAUCAGAAGAGGCAAACGAGGAGGAAGAAGAUGAGGAAUGA